AUGGAUUAUGAUACAGUGUGUAGUAUGAAGGUUGAAGAACUGAAGUCUUAUUUACGUCUUCGUGGCUUGAAAAUAUCUGGAAAGAAAGAAAUUCUUGCAGCUCGAGUCUAUUGUGCAAUGGAAAACAAUGUUACGCCUAUUAAAACAGCUGAAGAGGUGGAGCAUGAUAUACUUACUUAUAAUGGUUGGUUAUCAGAAGAUGAAGGUCUAACUUGUUGGCCAACAUUGUUAUAUCCUGAUAUUUACAAUUAUUUGUUAUUUAACCCUGCUGAAAUUGCAAGUAAAGACUUAAGUGACUACAAAACGUGUAAAGCUUAUAGUUAUUUUAAAUGUGGCUGGCUUGAACCUUUAUUUUACCAUCAAAUAGGAAUAGAGAGUGAAUAUUGCUAUUUAAAAGGGAACUGUAGGAAAUCUGAAAAAAUUAAUGAUCCCUUUCACAAGCUAUGGAUUAUUAUUAAUAAAAAAACUGCUAAAAUAAUUUCAGCACAUUGCACUAGUCUAGCUGGUCUAUCGCAGACAUGUAAUCAUGUUGCUGCAAGCCUCUUUCGAAUAGAGGCUGCUGUUAGAAAUGGUUUGACAAAUGUAGCUUGUACUAGUUCAAAAUCAGAGUGGCUUCCAAAUCGUAGCAUAGUAGCACCAACAAAAAUAUGUGACUUAAAAUUUGAUCGUGAUGAAUUUGGUCAGCGUGGAAGAAAAAAGCGUUCACUAGUAUCAAAUGAAAAGCGUAAUUACAGCCCAUUAGUAAACUGUGAUAUAAAGCUUUUAAAUUUAACAGACAUAGCAAAAGCAAUCGAAACUGUUGCUCCUCAUAGCAUUAUAACUUCUGCUGUACCUAAACCUGAAAUUUAUUAUAUGGAAGAAUUAAUCGUGUUUGAAAAUGUUACCAAACCUACAAUUUUGACCAUGGAUGAUAUUAUUGUUAUAGCGUCUGACUAUGGGUCAAAACACAAAUAA